GAGGACCUUGUGGCAAAAGCUCCUGUGGUAGAUGCCACCACCAAGCCACAGAAGACAGGAGACACACCUACGAAGGCAGGUAGCUCUGUAAACAUUCCCAUAGAAGAUGACGAUGCAGAUGAUGGUGUCCCUCCUACGCUGGGUGUACAUCUCAGUAAAAGUAUAUCUGUAGUUGACAGACGUGGCACAUGGAAACUCUGCAAAAGAAAAGAUGUGUCAGGAUGGAAGUGGGAGGCUCAGAAAGUGUCUGAAGAUGAGGUGAAACAGAAGGCUGAUGAUAAGAAGGAGAAGAGUGAAGCUGAAAAGUUGGAUGAUAAGAAAGUUCAAAAGGUGGAUGAUAAGAAAACUGAAAAGGUGGAUAAUCAGGUCAGUAGUCCUGACCCUGUCCUGGGAGAUGAUGACGACGAUUAUGAGUUUGGUGAAGAUGAUUAUAUAGAGGAUGAUGAGAAUGUAAUAGAACCAUUCAUUCGGAAACCUUUACUAGAUGACAAAGCCGACCCCAAUUCAGUAUUUAGCAAGUACAAGAUACUGUCUGUCGAACUAGAGGAUGAUAUGAUAAAACAAUGGGCUGACAGGGAACCUCCAACACCUGAUGAGAUAAACAAAUACAUCAAAGUAGUACAUGGUGGGCUGCAGAGUCAUAAUGGAGAAGCUCUUGAGUUCUACCUGUGCCUUAUAUGCCGUAAGGUAUUCAAGACCAAGAAUGUUAUGACACCUCAUAUAUUCUGCCACAUUGGAUACCGCCCAUACGUCUGUGAGCGGUGUGGAUACAGUGCAACCAACUAUGGAGCCUGGAAAGUUCACAAGCAGAAACAUGCUGAUAAUGAACUGAAGUGCUGGCAUGGUCAGUGUGCCUAUGUUGGAAAGGUCAAGGAGGAUCUGGAUGAGCACAGGAAGGCCCAUGUUCCAGCUCUACGUUGCAUCCUCUGUGAUGUCAAGUUCAAAGGUCAAAGCACCAUCCUUGGCCAUCUGUACAUCAGUCAUCAUGAGGAAAUCAAAGAAGGAAUUGGGAAAGAUUUCUACACCAAGAUGGCCACAGCAGGUCGAGCAAGAAGCCAGAUUGUCCUCUUUGAAUGUGACAUUUGUGGGCAGAAGUGCAAGACGAAGGGCAGCUACUACACUCACAUAAGGACAAACCAUGCCCUGAAUUCCAGCCAAAAGAAAGGUGAAGAACACAAGGUUGGUGAUGGGAGGAAAAGGAAGCGAGGGAAGUAUGUCAAGAACCCGCUACUAUCCUAAAGUGUGUUAUGUGUGGAUUCAUAUG